AUGAAAAUGAUGAUGAAGAAAGUUGGAGAAAAUGUAGAUUACUAAAUUUAACAUAUAGUAGGAUUCUUGUGGUAAAAAUUAGAUCAGGAAAUAAAUCUAUGCAAAUGACUAAAAGCAAAAUGAUGAAUGGUUUUUUUUUAUGGUCCAAAUUAAAAAAAAGCAGAUCUGUACGAAGAAAUUGAAGACAAUAGGAAGAUGCUAACUACAAAAGAAAACGAAGAAGAAUUAAAGUUGCUAAUGA